UUGUCAAAAGCUGUCACUGUCAGUGAAACGAACGCAAAAUGUCCUGCAGUGCAGUGGCCAGGAAACAGGAUCUGCCUCCUCCAGGGGGCUACAAGCCCAUCCCCUUCAAGAGGAUCCCGGCUAAGCAAUUCUUCAGCGGAUAUGCCAUGUUUGCUGGCUUCAUCGGCAUGACCACUGGCGCCUUGUACCUGCACUACCUGAACUACAAGUGGGUGAAGAAGCAUGAGAUCGAGAUGCGCUCAGCCAAGAUGGCUAUCUACCCGAUGCUGCUCGCCGAGCGGGACCGCGAGUACUUGAAGCAGCUGCGGAGGAACAGGGACGCUGAGGCGGAGCUGAUGAAGGAUGUGCCUGGAUGGGAGGUCGGCACUUACUACGGUGAGAAGGUAUACAAGCUCCUGCCCCCGGACACGCUCGUAGAGCCCAUCUUCCACGAGUACUAUGUCCACACCGACCCCAUCGCGUGGUACCAGCGCGCCUAUAUCAAGCUAAUGAGCUAAGUGGACCACUGUUCACAUGUUUGAGGGACUAUAGGCCAAUUAUAGAUCCACACUUGCAAAUCCUGAGCAAGAGUCGUUUUCCGUUUCACGGAAUAUCAGCACAUCUUUAAAUUCUUUAACAAUAUUUGACAUGUAAAAAUACUUUGUCUCCAAUUGCCAAAAAUGUUCAAUGUUUGAUAUUUUUGCAUAUGAACCAUUUUUGGUGAAACGGAACUGAUAUUUGGUGAAACGGAUAAAUACUCUUGCUUCGGCCAGUCGGGCCUGUCCGCAAGUGUUGAUGUAAUGGCCCAUAACCCAUAUGGACUGAAAAUAUGUUGCCUUUAAGAUCUGUUCUUAUAACCCAGGGGGCCUACAGCGAAAAUGAAAAUAGAAAUUUUGUUAUCUGCCUCUAUCUUGACUAUUCGAGCGAUAUAGGCAGAUAAAAAAAUAUCGUAGUUCAUUUUUCGCGGUACUAAAAUGACAGUUUGUUUUUUUUUACCACGUUAGUGAAAAACAAGCAUACAGCCUGAUGAUAAGGAUCACCGUAGCCUAUAAACGCCUGCAGCUUGAGUGGUGAUACAUGCGCGUUGUCAACCCUUGAAGUCCUGACUGUCCCUCGAGUAAACCUCGGCAUGGUACUCAUUCCACAGCCGGAGUGUCUGCGGGAAGAAAUUCUCAAUCAGUCAUGUCAAAUGUAUACCAUUUGUACAAUACAUAAUCAAACUAUGGUUUUAGUAUUUGGGAUAUUAAAAACAGAGCUUAAUAACGUUAACUAUUCUAAAGAUAUGUAUGGUCCAUGUUAUAUCUGAGAGUGUUGGAGUUAGUUCAAAUGGAUGCGAUGUAGAUUGACUGCCACUGAUUUCCGUUUUUAAAAUUGUUUUAUUUUAGCUGUUAAUUUACAAAUAAAUCAAUAUAAGCAGUC